AUGCCGUACAGCCACCUUCGCUCUCUCGUCUCAAAUAAUCCCACGAAGCAAAAGACACUGCAGCACCUUGGAGGCUUUCGCAGCAGCAGCCGCAGGUGCAGCAGCAGCAGCAGCAGCAGCAGCAGCAGCAGCUUGCGGGGCAGCGGCCUGGGCCGCGGAAGUGGCCAGGCAUGCAGCAGGAGCCGCAGCAGGAAUGGCUGCAGCAGCAGCAGCAGCAGCAGCAGCAGGAGCAUCCUGAUGCGAGCCUCCAGAAAGCGCUGCAGCAGAGCAGCAGCUAAACUUGCUGCUGCUGCUGCUGCUGCUGCCCUCACAACCAGGAGCAGCGGCAGAGGCUGCAGCAGCAGCAGCAGCAUUCGGGCGGUGAAAACCAUCCGCAGCAGCAGCAACAGCAGCGGCAACAGCAGCAGCAGCAGACACACUGGCCGCCCCCGUGCUGCUGAAAGAUCUACCGAGCCUGCUGCUGAUGAAGACUCGAGUGCUGCUGCUCGUGCUGCUGUUGCUGCAUCUGCUGCUGCUGCUCCUGCUGCUGCCCACAGGGGCAGCAGGCGCAGCAGCAGCAGCAGCAGCAGGAGCAGCAGAGGCAGCAGCAGCAGCAGCAGCAUGCGACAGCUACGAAGGCCGCCGCUUCAAAAGAGACGCCGCGGGGGCCCUCCUGCUGCAGCAGAAAUGCGCCAUGCUGCUGCUGCUGCUGCUAAGGGCAGGUCUCCCGCUGCUGCUGAUUCUGCUGCUGCUGCUGCUGCUGCAGCAGCAAAAGAUGCUACAGGCAGCUGUGGAUCUUCAUGCAAACGCGAGAAGAAGCGAGCAGCACGAUCUCCAGCAGCUGCUGCAGUUGCUGCACCUGCUGCUGCUGCUGCACCUGUUGCUGCGCCUGCUGCUGCAGCUGCUGCUGCACCUGCUGCAGCUGCUGCAGUUGCUGCCAAGUCUUCGAGUGUAUGCACACCUUCGCCAAGAACUAACAGAGGGGAGUCCAAUGUUCGGACACCGCAUCCGCUACAGAAGCUAGUGCUGCAGCAGCAGGGCCCCAGCCUCUGCAGCGUUUCUCUUCGCUGCCGGCUGCCCAGCAGCUCUUUGGCUUUGCUGCUGCAGGCGCUGCCCCCCACCCUGCGGGCUCUUAACAUAUCUGAAAACACGAUAGACCUGGACGCAGUUGCUGCGCUGCUGCUGCUGCUGCGCUGCGGCCGCCUCCGCUGCCUCCGCAUGCAAAAUGCUUCUCUUUCAGUUGACUGCAGAAUUCAAAUUGUGGAGGCUUUGGAAGCAGCAGCUUGCAGGUCUUCUCUCGUCUGGUUCGAAGGUGCUGCUGCUGCUGCUGCUGCUGCUGCUGCUGCUGGUUUUGCUGUUGCUGCUGCUGGUUUUGCUGCUGAUGGUGCUGCUGCUGCUGCUGGUUUUGCCGCUGAUGGCUUUGACUUGGCAAUGCACUCCUCUAUUCCUCCCGCGUGCUUCAUGGCUGUUAAGCCGCAGCAAAUUCCCUGCAGCAGCGCCUCAGCAGGCCUCAGGGGCCCCGCACAUUUGCUGUCGCCCUCGAAAAGCAGAGCAGCAGCAGCAGCAGCAGCAGCAGCAAGACACGAAGCAGUCCAAAGCGGCGCUCCCUCCACCACCCGCAAUUAUUGCUUCUUAAGGUAUUUGCGGCUUAGGGCUCUUGCUGCUUCUCUUGUGGGGCGGAGAGUCAGGGCCUGGUGGAAGCCCACGACGGAUGUCAUGAAAACGGACUUCGGCGGCAGGUUUUGGCCGUGCCUCGUGCUGCAUCAAGACCCCUCUUCUCUCGUGCUGCGCGUCCUCUACGACAACGGCGAAGAGGACUUUUUGCAUUUGGCCGCUCUGCAGCCAAUGCACCCUUUUGCCUACGGGGGGGGCUGGGCGCAGCAGCAGCAGCAGCAGCAGCAGCAGGAACAGCAGCAGCAGCAGCAACAGGAACAGCAGCAGCAGCAGCAGGACAGCACGGAGAGCCUGCCAGCAGUGAGGGAGAAGGAAAAAGCGCCUAGACAAACCCCUGCAAUGAAAGCGAAGACAGCUCUCAAACGGCGGCAGCAGCAGCAGCAGCAGCAGCAGCAGCAGCAGCAGCAGCAGCAACAGCAACAGGAUGCGGCUGGCGGCAGCAGCAGCAAAAGCGCAUCUGCUGCAGCAAACAAGACAGACUCAGGGGCCCCGCGGAGAAGCCUGCGAGGAGUGCCAGCAGUGAAAGUGGAUUUUAGAGAGACAGAGUCUGACAGCGAGCAGCAGCAGCAGCAGCAGCAGCAGCAGCAGCAGCAGCGGCAGCAGCAGACUCAGCUAAGCAAGACAAGUCGGCGCCUCUCAGAGGAAUCAAAGGCUUCCUCUGCGGAGUCUGGCUCGGCAGAAGGAGCAGCAGCAGCAGCAGCAGCAGCUGGAGCAGCAGCAAGGCGCAGCAGCAGCUGCUGCUGCCGCUGCGGCAACCCCAGCUCCCCCGGGUACUCGGAGGGCCUCCCGCUGCAGCAGCAGCAAAUAGAAGCAGCAGCAGCAGCACAGCCUUCGAUUUUUGAAAGGCGUUUUCGCUCCUUCGUGCCGGUGAACAUUUCCCGCAGCAGCAGCAGCAGCAGCAGCAGCGGCAGCAGCAACAGCAGCAGCAGGGGACACCGCCAGCGCCCCCCCGCCUCCAGCUCAGCAGCAGCAGCAGCAGCAGCAGCAGCAGCAGCAGGACUCGAAGCUGUCCCCAUUCCCCUAGAGAUUGCAGGCAAUGUGCUGCUGCCAGGAGAGCUUUGUGAAUACAGAGACCCAGAAGAGCACAAGGGCACUGACCCUAGUGACUACGUCGGCAUGGUGAAGCGGGUAUUCCCAGAAGAGCCCUUAUACGAAGUGGCCUGUAUUUACAACUGGGGCUUCGAGCCUGUGCGCGUCAGCAGCAAAGACGUGAGGCGCUGCGUUGCUGUCCCUGCGGACUCUUGGGCUGCGUGGCAGCUGUCUUUAUGUCGAGAUGGCGAGGCAGCAGCAGCAGAAGCUUCAUACUUAUCUGCUGCUGCAGCGGCUUGUGCGCUGCCGCUGCCGCUGCUGCUGCACAGCAGCAGCGUGCCUCCCGCUCCUUCCCAGCAGCAGCAGCAGCAGCAGCAGCAGCAGCAGCAGGUGUGUCUGCGUUGCUGCGCAGCUGCUGCUCCCCCCUACCCCAACUUCCGCCUUUGCUGCCCCGUGUCUUUGGAAAGGCUGGAGGAGCCGCCGCAGCCGCAGACUCUCUUUGAUUUGAAGUUGCUGCCUCCAAGCAAAUUCGCCACUGUCUUCCUCGAAAGACAAGAGAAGGCGCUGCAGCGGCUGCUGCAGUGCCCCCCCCAGCCUGGGCUGUACGUACACCCGAAGGCGCCCCACAGCAGCAGCAGCAGCAGCAGCAGCAGCGAGGACGACCGCAGCAGCAGCAAACGCACUCGCAGCAGCAGCAGCAGCAGCAGCGGCAGCAAGUGGCAGCGGCGGUUGGUGUCUCUAGCUGUGCAUCCUCGGCUGCAGCUUCUGGGAGGAGUUCGGUUUUAUAUGCUGCUGCAGCGGCGCGAGCUGGUGCUGCGGCUGCUGCUGCUGCAGGAGGAGGCUGCGGUGCUGCGGCAGCAGCAGCAGCAGCAGCAGCAACUGAGCGCAGAGUGCCGGCAGCAGCUUAGUUCACUGCCCCUUGUGCCGCGGCGCAGUGGCUCAAAGGGUGGUGGUCCGCAUGGAGGGCAGCAGCAGCAGCAGCAGCAGCAGCAACAGCAGCAGCAGCAACAGCAGCAGCAGCAGCAGCAGCAGCUCGAACAGCAGCAGCAGCAGCUCCAGCAGCAGCAGCGGCAGCAGCAGCAGCAGCACAAACAACCAAAGAAGCCACAAAGACACUUGAAGGAAAGUCAAAGAAAUUCACCUGGAGCUCCGGAUACACCUCAAGACCUCAGCCAAGUCCUCACGCGCCUUCAGAGCUUCGUAUACCUCGCGCUGCAGCAGCAGCAGCAGCAACAGCAGCAGCAGCAGCAGCUGCUGCUGCUGCUGCUGUUGCAGCAGCAGCAGCAGCAACAGCAGCAGCAGCAGCAGCAGCAGCAGCAGCAGCAGCAGCAGCAAGCCCUGAAGGGCAGCAGCAAACAGCAGCAGCAGCAACUAUUGCUGCUGCUGCUAUUGACUUCGGGAGCAGCAACAGGCAGCGGCAGUAGCAAAUACCGGCAGCAGCAACUAUUGCUGCUGCUGCUGCUAUUGCCUUCUGCAGCAGCAGCAGGCAGCGGCAGCAAACAGCAGCAGCAGCGAUAG